AUUAUGUAGCUGAUACUCCGAGAUUCCAAAACAAAAACAUUACUUCAACAUUUCUAGAUUCAAUGUGACAGAAAAUGAGAAAAUAAGAACAAAAACAAUUUCAACAUCCAGUUAAGCAUUUCUUGACUUUUCUUUCUACUCUUUUGGCAGCUAAUUCUUGACUUCUCCUGUAUUAUUGAAUGAGGUGGUGCGUGAAUUCGGAUAUGAAAGACGGAUACCAAGGAAGAGUUAUCAGAGUUGAAGGUUUUAGAGAGCUAGCUCUUUGAAGUUGAUAAUGAGAGAAAGAAUACUAGUUCUUCUGCUGCUUGUUUUUAAUUAUGUUGCAAAAGGAGAAACUGCUGAUGAGGAUUUGGUCACUCUAAAGUCUCUUAUGGAUACCUUGAAGAAAACCCCUCCUAAUUGGGAGGGUUCGGAUCCUUGUGAUGUUUGGGAUGGAAUUAAGUGUGAGAAUUCACGUGUUACAUCCAUAACAUUGUCAAGCAUGGGUUUGGAAGGUGAACUUUCUGGAGAUAUCGGAUCACUAUCCGAAUUGGAGACUUUGGAUCUUUCUUACAACAAGGACUUGACUGGGCCACUUCCAAGAGCCAUUGGAGAGUUGAGGAAACUGUCAACCUUAAUUCUUGUUGGCUGUAGUUUCAAUGGUCCUAUUCCGGAUGAAAUUGGAUUUCUGCAGGAGCUUCGCUUUAUAUCCUUAAAUUCCAAUAGCUUCACUGGGAGGAUUCCACAUUCUAUUGGUAAUCUAUCCAACCUAUAUUGGUUAGAUUUAGCUGACAAUGAGCUUCAAGGACCUAUACCAAUUUCUAGUGGCAGUGUACCUGGUCUUGAUAAGUUGCACCAUGCCAAACAUUUUCAUCUUGGGAAGAAUAAUCUCUCAGGCAAUAUUCCUCCUCAACUUUUUAGCUCGGAAAUGGCUCUGAUUCAUCUGCUUUUGGAAAGCAAUAAUCUCAUAGGCAAGAUUCCAUCUACACUUGGAUUGGCUAAGAACCUGGAGGUCUUGCGCUUGGAUGGUAAUUCUUUAAGUGGACCUGUGCCUUCAAACAUCAACAAUCUUACCAAUGUUCAAGAGCUGUACUUGUCGAACAAUAAACUUUCAGGCACCCUGCCCAGCCUUAGUGAUAUGAGUGCCCUCAACUACCUGGAUUUGAGCAACAACACUUUUGAGCCACUGGAUUUCCCGUCGUGGAUUUUGACUCUUACUUCUUUAACAACAUUAAAUAUGGAGAACACACAACUUCAAGGAGAGAUUCCUGAUUCUUUGUUUAGUUUAGUCAGUUUGCAGACUGUGGUGUUAAAAGACAACAAAAUAAAUGGAACCUUGAAUGUUGGCUCCACCUACAGCAAGCAUCUGCAACUUGUUGAUCUUGAAAAUAAUGCAAUUGACAAUUUUGAGCAAAAACAUGACCAUUUAAGUGUCAAGAUAAUGCUUAAGGGGAACCCAGUUUGCUAUGAAACUGUAGAGGGGAUAGCUACUCCCUACUGCUCCGAUAAUCAGGCUAAUCAACUGUCAUAUAGAACUCCAUGGAAUAACUGUCAGCCUAGUACCUGCAGUUUGGGACAGGUUGCUAGCCCCAACUGUGAAUGUGCUUAUCCAUAUACAGGAACUUUAACUUUCAGAGCACCUUCCUUUUCAGACCUUGGAAACAAGUCUUACUUCCAACAGCUUGAGAAGGGUCUAAUGCAAUCUUUUGAGUCUCAUCAUCUACCUGUUGAUUCUGUUUUGUUGAGUCAUCCAACUGAGGAUCCAGAUCACUAUCUUGAAUUGAGUUUACAAGUCUUCCCAGCAGGGCAGGAUCGUUUCAAUCGAACAGGGGUUUAUACCAUUGGUUUUCUGCUAAGUAACCAGACUUUUAAGCCUCCUAAAGUUUUUGGACCAUUUUACUUUGAUGCAGAUAAAUAUGAACACUUUGGGAACUCAGGUACUAUGGAGUCAAGCAAAUCAGUUAACAUUGGAAUCAUAGCUGGAGCAGCAGUUGGUGGUUGUGUGCUGGUAGUGUUAUUAGUGGUAGCAGGUGUUUAUGCUUUCUGCCAAAAGAAAAGAGCCGAAAGGGCAAUUGGACAAAGCAAUCCUUUUAGACGAUGGGAUACAGCUGAGAGUAAGGGUGACAUGCCUCAGUUGAAAGAAGCACGUCGGUUUUCUUUCGAUGAGCUUAAAAGAUACACCAGAAAUUUUUCUCAAGCCAAUGAUAUUGGAUCUGGGGGUUAUGGGAAGGUUUACAAGGGAACCCUCCCCAAUGGACAAUUGCUAGCAAUAAAAAGAGCUCAAAGAGAGUCCAAGCAGGGACGGCUUGAGUUCAAAGCUGAGAUUGAGCUCCUAUCAAGGGUCCACCACAAGAAUCUUGUUACCCUUAUAGGAUUCUGCUUUGAGCAUGACGAACAAAUGCUGGUAUAUGAGUUUGUUCCAAAUGGAACAUUAAAGGACACUCUCACAGGGAAAUCAGGGAUUAGAUUGGAUUGGGUUAGAAGGCUAAAAGUUGCACUUGGAGCUGCACAGGGUUUGACUUAUCUUCAUGAACUUGCUGAUCCUCCCAUCAUACAUAGGGAUAUCAAAUCAAACAAUGUUUUGCUGGAUGAGUGCCUAAACGCCAAAGUUGGUGAUUUUGGUCUCUCCAAGUCUAUUGUUGAUCCCGAAAAAGAUCACGUUACCACUCAAGUUAAGGGAACAAUGGGUUACCUGGAUCCAGAGUACUAUAUGAGUCAACAACUGACAGAGAAGAGUGAUGUAUAUAGCUUUGGAGUGCUGAUGUUGGAGAUUAUAUCUGCAAGAAGACCAAUAGAAAGAGGGAAGUACAUUGUGAAAGAGGUUAGAAAUGCAAUGGACAAGACAAAAGUGCUUUGUGGUCUGCAUGAAAUUAUUGACCCCAGCAUUGGUCUAGGGGCCUCUAGCAGCAUUGGGCUUGUUGGUCUGGACAAGUUUGUGGAUUUGGCUAUGAAAUGUGUUUCAGAUUCAGGUGUUGAGAGGCCAAAGAUGAGUGAGGUUGUGAGAGAACUAGAGAAUAUAUUGCAUCAUUCAUUAGCAGCUGGUGGUUCAAAUGAUGAAUCAGGUUCCAUGAUUUCUUCCAGUUAUGAAGAAGUUAGCAGAGGUAGUUCUAGUUGCCAUCCUUACAGCAGUGAGUCCUUUGAUUUGAAAGCUGCACUUUCAUAUCCAAAAGUGGAACCCAAGUAACUAAGUCACUCUUCACUUCCAAGUCAACUUGUUUAUCAUCUAAGUGUAUAUAACAUAAUAUAGCUGUUAGCUAAUUAUGAUAGAUAUUAUUGUUGUGUUAUAAAAAGAAAACAUAUAUUCAUAUUACAAGAGUGAGUAGGUUGCAGCUAUGAAAAGACCAACUUUACUACAGAAGAAUAAUCUAAUCAGAGUAAGUACAUAAUUUCUAACUAA